AGCUUUCAUUUCCCCAGUGAAUGUGAUGGUCCCCAGAGAGAGCAUCUCCCAGUCCAGUCCCCUGGGGGUAGCUGAAGGUGCCCAGGCAGGAGUUGCAGUGAGCCUGGCUGCUCCACAUGACGGUCAGUGUGGGUAGGUAGCUGCUCUUGGCUGGGAUUCUUGCACUGGUGGUGGCGGUGUUACUACUGGGAACUGUGAAGUAGGAGGCGCCAUUGACAGAAGGAUUGUCAGGGGUGUGUGUGUGUGAAGGGAGGGGGAAAGACCCUGAUCCUCGAAGGAAAACAAAUAGAGAAGAGAAGAAGAGGCUCCUGGCGGAGAGCACGCUGGAUACACGCUAUGCUUCACUUUCACUGCUCUCCCCUGUCCUGUGCCCACCUGCCGUUGGCAUGCCGCCCAACUAAAUGAUACAGCACUGCCCCUGGCCGCUGUCUGUCUCGCCCCCCGGAGAGAGGAUACACCGUGCCCUCCUGUGUGCGCUCUGCCUGUGAUUUUGCCUCCGUGUGGCCCUCCCUGCCCGGGGGAGCCGGUCCUCCCUGGGAUGAGAGCGGAGUAGGCGGGCGGACCAGCUCCAUCGCCCCUGCAGUCAGUCAGUCGGUCGGUCCGGGCAUGAAGAGGCUGAAGAGGCAGUGGAGGAGCCCGGUGCGCGCUCUCCGUGCUGCUGCUGCUGAAGGUGCGGGAGCCGCUGCCGCAGGUGCUGCUGCUGUUAGUGGUGCUGCGCCCGGUGGCUCCUGCCCCAGACCUGCCGCUCACAUGCUGCCUCCUCAGUGCCUACUGCUGGUGCUGGGCUUGGGACUGGGACCUGGUUUCGUUUGUGGAUCCAGGGGGACCACCAUAGAACAGCCAAGCAACGGCACCUCGCUGUCCAUCAUGGGCUUGAUGCCCCUCAGCGAGACGGUGGCCAAAGGGAGUAUCGGUAGGGGCAUCCUGCCAGCCGUGCAACUGGCCAUCGAUCAGAUCCGCAAUGAAUCCCUGCUGCAGCCUUACUUCCUGGACCUGCGGCUCUAUGACACAGCGUGUGACAAUGCAAAAGGACUUAAGGCUUUCUACGAUGCGAUAAAAUAUGGACCUAAUCACUUAAUGGUUUUUGGUGGAGUGUGCCCCUCAGUAACAUCUAUAAUAGCAGAGUCUCUGAAAGGAUGGAACUUGGUUCAGCUCUCCUUUGCAGCAACAACACCCGUUUUAGCUGAUAAGAAAAAAUAUCCAUAUUUCUUCAGGACUGUUCCAUCAGAUAAUGCCGUUAAUCCAGCAAUAGUGAAAUUCCUCAGACACUUUAAGUGGCAGAGAGUGGGGACCUUAACACAAGACAUACAAAGGUUUUCUGAGGUGAGGAACGAUUUAACUGGUGAACUGGAAAACUCAAAUAUACAGAUUGCAGACACAGAAAGUUUUUCAAACGACCCAUGCAUAAGUGUGAAAAAGCUCAAGGGCAAUGAUGUCCGGAUAAUAAUUGGACAGUUUGAUGAGCAUAUGGCUGCAAAAGUGUUCUGUUGUGCUUACGAUGAAGAAAUGUUUGGCAGUAAAUAUCAGUGGAUUAUCCCUGGAUGGUAUCAAGCAUUGUGGUGGCAACAAGCCAAUUCUUCCACCUGCUUGAGUAAAAAUCUACUCACAGCUAUGGAAGGGUACAUCGGAGUGGAUUUUGAACCUCUUAGCACAAAGCAAAUAAAAACAAUAUCUGGACGGACGCCACAACAGUAUGAAAAAGAGUAUAAUGAAAAACGGUCGGAUGUAGAACCCAGUAAAUUUCAUGGUUAUGCCUAUGAUGGAAUAUGGGUGAUAGCCAAGACUCUUCACAGGGCAAUGGAAAAUCUUCAUUCCAGCAACAGACAUCAAAGGAUCCAGGAUUUUAACUACACAGAUCACAAACUGGGGGAAAUAUUUCUGAAUGCUAUGAAUGAGACCAAUUUCUUUGGAGUAACAGGACAAGUUGUUUUUAGGAAUGGAGAAAGAAUGGGUACAAUUAAAUUUACUCAGUUCCAAGAUGGGAAGGAAGUUAAGGUGGGCGAGUAUAAUGCUGUAGCUGACAGCCUGGAAUUGAUCAAUGACACCAUUAGAUUUCAAGGAGUCGAGCCACCAAAAGAUCAAACUUUCAUCCGUAUGCAGAGACGUCAGAUUUACUUACCACUUUACAGUAUUCUUUCAGCAAUCACAAUUAUUGGGAUGAUCAUGGCCAGUACAUUUUUGUUCUUUAACAUCAAAAAUCGGAAUCAGAAGUUGAUAAAAAUGUCCAGUCCUUAUAUGAAUAACCUUAUUAUCCUCGGAGGGAUGCUUUCUUACGCAUCAAUUUUUCUAUUUGGUCUUGAUGGAUCGUUUGUGUCUGCUAAUACAUUUGAAACAUUAUGCACAGUAAGAACUUGGAUUUUGACUGUGGGCUAUACAACUGCUUUCGGAGCAAUGUUUGCAAAAACGUGGAGAGUUCAUGCAAUUUUCAAGAAUGUGAAAAUGAAGAAAAAGAUCAUCAAGGAUCAAAAACUUUUGGUCAUAGUUGGUGGCAUGCUGCUUAUUGACCUGUGUAUACUGAUUUGCUGGCAAAUAGUGGAUCCUUUAAAAAGAACAGUAGAAAACUAUAACCUCGAGCCGGACCCUGCAGGAAGAGACAUUGCUAUCCUACCAUUUCUGGAGCAUUGUGAGAAUACUCACAUGACCAUCUGGCUUGGAAUUGUAUAUGCUUACAAAGGCCUUCUGAUGUUGUUCGGUUGUUUCUUGGCAUGGGAAACUCGCAAUGUGAGCAUACCAGCACUGAAUGACAGCAAGUAUAUAGGAAUGAGCGUGUACAAUGUAGGAAUUAUGUGUAUAAUUGGAGCCGCUGUCUCAUUUCUCACCAAAGACCAACCCAACGUCCAAUUCUGCAUUGUGGCUUUAGUCAUCAUAUUUUGCAGUACAAUUACCCUCUGCCUCGUCUUUGUGCCAAAGUUAGUCACUCUGAGGACAAAUCCUGACGUAGCAACACAAAAUAGAAGAUUUCAGUUCACACACAAUCAAAAAAAAGAAGACUCUAAGACAUCAACAUCGGUCACUAGCGUGAAUCAAGCCAGCACAUCCCGGUUAGAAGGGCUGCAGUCAGAGAACCACCGUUUAAGAAUGAAAAUAACAGAGUUGGACAAAGACCUGGAAGAAGUGACAAUGCAGCUUCAAGAUACACCUGAGAAAAGCACAUAUAUCAAACAGAACCACUACCAGGACCUAAAUGAUAUCCUUAGUAUACGAAAUUUCACAGACAGCAAAGAUGGUGAAAAACCGGUCUUAAAAAAUCACCAUGAUCAAAAUGCUCCACCACAAUGGAACACGAUAGAAUCAUCUAGAACUAGUAAAGACCCUAUAGAAGACAUCAAUUCUCCAGAGCAUAUACAGCGACGGCUGUCUUUGCAAUUACCCAUCCUACAUCAUGCCUACUUGCCAUCAAUAGGUGGUGUAGAUGCAAGCUGUGCCAGUCCGUGUGUAAGCCCCAGUGCCAGCCCACGUCACAGACACGUGCAGCCUUCUUUCCAAGUAAUGGUCUCUGGCCUGUAGGAAUGGAGGAAACAGGCUUCCCGGACUACUCAUGUAAUUUCUCAAGAGAGACUCAACUGCACAUUCUGAUAUUGUUUGUUACACACAUAACAUUUGCUCUUAAUUAAGAAGAAGGAAAUGAUAUCAAUGUCAUUCUGGGAAUCCAGUUUUAACUAGUGUGAGCUACAUGGGAGAAAGGGAUGCAUCGAGUCAUACCUGGAGCCUUAUCUAUGGAGUUCAUUUUUCUUUACUCAGAGGACUCACAAAAUAAUUAUUCUUCCCAAAACUCUACGAGCAACGGAACAAGAGUAGAGCGUUUUAAAUCUUGCACAAAUGGACAAAAAAAAAAAAAAAGUCAAAUAACAGAAGAUGAACUUUUUAAAUCCAAGUCACAAUGCUACGUAUUUGGCUGCUAUGAACAUUGGUUAGUACACUUUAUACACAUAAAGAAAGACCUAAAAAAUAUAAAAAAAAAAAAAAAAAAGAAAAAAAAA